GCAACCACCUCCAUCCACCGAGCUGGCUGUCCCUAGCAGAACUGGUGCCGUGGCUCAGCUACAACGAAGAGCUGCUGCUGACAGAGCCUGGCAGAGCACACUAGUGCUGGGAGCCUGCCAGCACAGCCAGGGUUCCAUGGCAUCCACCUCCCCCCAGCCCAGUGGAAAGUGGAUUACAAUGAUUAAUGACGGGCAGGCCGCAAUUUGACUGAACAUGGCAGGAAAGAUAAGGAGGUUAUCGCGCAUGCUACUAGACUGCCAGAACAAUGACAAACUGUGUGUUGUACGAGAGAAUCAGGCUGAAGUAAUCAUCGUACCAGUCCUCUUGAUAGGUGUAUUUGUCAUUGUCUUAAGCGUCAUCCUUUGGCUCCAUUUCCGGAGCUUGAGGACAAAGCAGCAGAUUUCUCCAGACUCCAAAGAAGAAGAAACGAAGAAAAACCAAGAAAAGAAGGUCAGCAUAUCAGAACAUACCACCAUCCAACUAAGUGAGACAACUGUGAAUUGCUUACUAAGAACUGCAACCUUAACCUUGAAGGCGCUGGAGAUACCAAGAGAGAAAAUAUCCCCUGAGUCCUUGAAGUUUAUAAGAAAUGGCAGCUUUGGGAGAAUCUACAGAGCAGAACUGGGGACUAGCAGCCCUGGGAAAACUCAGCCAGUCAUCUUGAAAGCCUUGAAAGACUCUGCCAGCUCCCAUGAGAUGAAAGAUUUUAUGGAAAGAAUUAAGUUUUAUCAGUUUCUUGGUGCUCAUGAAAACAUUAUUAAGUUAUUAGGUUGUUGUAUACACCAGAUGCCCCUUUACAUGAUUUUGGAGGAUGCUUCCAAUGGAAACCUUCUGAACUUCCUUUGGACCUGCCGCAAGGAUGUAGUGACCAUGGAUGGAUUGCCUCUUGAUCUUACAGAGAGACAAGUGUAUAAAAUUGGACAACAGAUUGCAUCAGCUCUGGAUUUUCUCCAGGAAAAGAAACUGUUUCAUGGUGAUGUGGCAGCCAGGAAUAUCCUAAUUGGUCAUGAAUUCACUGUGAAGCUCUGCAGAUUGGGACUGGCCUACAGAAGCCAUACUUGUGGUCUCAGCUCCAUCACACAUACUGUUCCACUCAAGUGGCAGGCUCCAGAGCGACUGCUGAAGAAACCACCCAACAUCAAAUCAGACAUAUGGUCCUUUGGAAUCUUACUAUAUGAGAUGAUCACAUUAGGAGCUCCACCAUUUCCAGAGGUUCCUCCACCUGAUAUCUUGCAACACCUUCAGAGACGGCACGUUAUGAAGAGGCCUUCCAGCUGUCAGCCAGCCAUGUAUAGCAUUAUGAAGGCAUGCUGGUACUGGACUCCAACAGACCGUUUGUCUCCCACCGAGCUGAUCUUAAGGCUGCAAACAGCAAUCAAGACUAGCAAUGACCAGGCGGUUCUGCAAGUUCCUGAGCUGGUGGUGCCAGAACUGUAUGCUGCUGUAGCUGGAAUUGACUUGGGAGAGCUCCCCAUUGACUACACAGUGUUCUAAAAGGAAGAUAAAUGGGGCUCAUCUAUGUCGGCCUGUCCCAACCUCGUGUCCUUCAAACGCUGGUGAUGUGUAGAAAAGCGAGGGCUUCGCCACUGGAGAUAGGCACAAUUUUAAUAUUUUCUACUUUAUUAGAUAGAACUGAAGAACAUAAAGAAAAAAAAGGAGGUUGUUUAAAAAGCGCUUGAAAAGAAGGUGUGUGUGUGAGAAAGAGAGCAAGAGAGAGAGAGAGCGCUUUCUCAUACAGAGAUCCACCCAGUGUGGGUGCCAACACAAAAUGGUUGCUACAGAAAGCAAAAAAAUAAAGUGGUGCCAAGAUUCCAUUCUGGCGGAGAGUACUGUCACAAAAAAAGCACUGGCUGCACCAAUUCAAAUUUCUCUGGAAAAAUAACCUGAGAGUGAGCCCCCAUGUUCAGUAGCAGUAUACCUCAGACUGCAAGUGAAGGGGUGGUAAAAGAGAGAAUGUGCUGAACGGAGAUACAACGCAUUCAAAUAUCUGUUCUGUGCAAAAUUAUCAGAGUAAGCCUCCAUGUUUGCGGCAGUAUAACUCGGAUUGCAAGUAAUGACAGAGAAGUGGGGGAGUUUGGAUUAUAAGAGAGUUGAGGGUGGGAAAAAAGUGCAAAAUGAAUUUAUAUGACAAUAAGCCUAAGCUAGAAAACACCUCCCAGAAGGGUUAGCCAUUCUGAAUUAUCUAGCUGAAUCUAGGUAUCUGGUUCAGCAAGGUAUUUAACAAAUUAAUAAGCACAUGUGAAUGAGGAUGGAGAGAAUAAGGACAAGGACAUAAGAAGGCUUCCUUUAAAAAUGCAGUUAAAGUUCUAUGCUAUCCACCCUUUUUAAAAAACCUUGAAGUAUGGGCUCACCAGCAUGAUGGUGGAGCUCGACAGUGCCACCUGCUGGGCAGUUUCCUUACAUCAACUUUUGGGGGGGCUUUUUUCAGAAGCUCACAAGAGGUUUUUUAUGUCAAAAUAUUUUCUGAGAAUUUUCAACUCAGCUUUUAAUGGAUUUCUUAAGGUGUAUACCUAGCAAACUCAAUCUCCAUGUGGAAAUUGUUCACAAACAUACACAGAUGUGCCUGGGGAAGUCCCCUAGAGCAGCCUUUCCCAACCAGUGUGAACAUAAGAACAUAAGAAGAGCCUGCUGGAUCAGGCCAGUGGCCCAUCUAGUCCAGCAUCCUGUUCUCAC